AUGACAAAAUCCAACCUCUACGUCUCCAUCUCCCUGCCCUCCAACCAAACCGCACAUUCUCCCACCUCCACGAAACACACAUGGCUCCUUUCCCUCGAACCGCAUCAUACUUUACCACAACUUCACUCUUCGUCCUCCACAGAACCUACCCACUUCAGUGCCAUCCUCCCAUCAGACGGAGCACCGGCCUACCGCAUUGAGACCACUGGAGCAAAUGCCGGACCUUUCAUUCUCGGCAACAUCCUCGUAGCGGAAGGCGUGAAAGCGACGGCUGAGGAAGUUGGCAGACUUCUAAAGGAGAAGCUAGUCACGAGCGAGCCUGGACUUCCGUCAGACCAUGCUGGCGGUGGCGAUGUUGAAGGUGCAGAUGUGUGGAUUCGGAAAGCCCUACACAUUUUCCAGCAGCAAUCUCUCAUUGAUCCUUUCGACGUGGGAGAGUUCAUGACAUUUGCACAUGCCUACGCAGCGAAACGAGAGCAAGGCGAGACCCCGGAUGUGUUGGUCGCAUAUCCCAAACUAAACCCAGACUUCGCAAAGAAGGCCAAGGUCGAUGGCUUGUGGAUGCAUCAUCGACCGGAGAAGAAGCCGGCGCCGAGGAACGAGGUGUGA